ACACGAAACAUGAAGACAUCUUGGAGCUUUAAUUGCGGAGUUUUGCUUCUCUGUACAAUUCUGUGCUCUGGUCAGGAUGUCCCAAAUUCAAAUGGCGGUGAAGAGGGCAUCAAAGUGAAGGUCUUGCUGCAGUCAACCUCAUCGGAUCCCUCGUCAAGCUCCUUUAGCACCACUACUACUCCUACUACUCCCAGUCCCAAGAGCAACCCCACUGCCAAGUCCUCACUACAGGCACACGAAAUCGAGGAGGAGGACGACAACUUCCACAACGAUCGACUUCCUGCUUUAUCCGAGGAUGAGUACAACAACCUGGGCGAGGAUGCCAAUCCGCUCCACUUCCUCAAGCAGCAGCCAUUGGAUCUGGAAAUCGAGGAGCAGAUGGCGCCACAGGCAGAAAAAUUAGAGCAGCCGCCUCAGCAGCCACUUCAAUCCCAGGCUCAGCCAAAAUUACCAAUGGUGGCUCCUCAACCAGCAGCCGGUUCCCCCAUCUACAUAACCAUUCCCAUUUACAUCAGCACCGGGGGCAAGCUGCCCCUCACCCUGACCAUCGGUGACCAGGAGUUGUCCCUGCGGAAGGCCAGCGGGUCGGGGUCCAGCCGGAAGAAUCCCUCCACCAAGGCACCCAACUCGCACUUCAAUCGCCUGCUGCAGCAGAUCGAAUCGCCCAAGAGACGGACCACCAAUCGCCAUCGCAGCCAGCUGAAGAGUCACAUCUACGCGAUGAAGGAGAGGAAGGAUCGCAAGGAUCUAGUGUACCACCCGAUGCAGUAAAGAGUUUUGAAUUCAGAAUAUGGCAUAUAGUUUAUAGCUAAUCAAUAAAUAGAUGACAAUAAAUAACUGAGGAAUGAUGUGUACGUAUCU